UCUUCCAACAGAUUUAUCUACCCCUGUUUUAUCUGUUAAUAGCCCACAGAUGAAACUGGCCCUUCUAAAUGUUAGAUCACUAAAUAACAAAACAUUUCUAGUUAAUGAUCUGGUCAAAGAAAACAACUUAGACUGCAUCUGUCUAACAGAAACCUGGCUAAACAAUGACACGGCAACAGCAACUUUGAUAGAAGCGUGUCCGCCCGAUUACAGCUUUCACCAAGUUUCUAGGAAAUCAAAAAAAGGUGGAGGAGUCGCAGCUAUUUUCUCCUCUAAACUGUUGUUCAAAAUCACUGAGCUAGGUGAAUUCACAUCAUAUGAAUAUCUUGCUAUAGAGCUCAAAACCGAAUCAAUACUUUUUGUUAUUAUAUAUCGGCCACCCAAGCACUCGCCAAUAUUCAUACAAGAAUUCUCUGAACUAUUAUCACUAUGUGUCACUAGAUAUGACAAAGUAGUUUUAAACAGAGAUUUAAAUAUCCAAGUAAAUAAAAAAGCAGACCCAAGAACUAUUGAGCUCUUAAAUCUCCUCGACAGUUUCAAUCUAAUUCAACACAUAACAGACCCAACACACCGGCACGGAAACACACUAGAUCUAGUGAUAACAACUGGACUAAAUAUCAAUAAUAUUUCAAUAACUGAUCUACCCCUCUCAGACCAUCAUUAUAUACUUUUUAAUGUGGAAAUUAUCCUAACAAAAACCAAAAAAGAAUUCUUAGUCCAUAGAAGAUAUUUAGACGAUACAGCUAUCUUCUGGUUGGCCCACCGCGAGCACCUCCAGCACAAGCAGCAGCCCCAGUCCAAGAUCCAGUGCCAGCUGCGGUUCCAGCGCAGCAACCUCAACAGCCAGCAGACCAGGACUUAUUGGGUGAUGUCCCAGCAAUCGUCCAGGGGGUGCUUCUUCAACCAGAUGUACAACAGCAAAUUCUACAUCUUCAAGCCCUCCAACAGAAACUGCAAUGGCAAUACGAACGGCAGCCGCUAG